GAGCGGGAGGCGGAGGCUGCGGAGCGGGCCCUCGACCCGGCAGGCGGCGGAGGCGGCGGGAGUAGCAGCAGCGGCGGCGGCGGCGGCGGCGAGGCGGCGUAGCGGUGGCGGGCGCCCCCUGCAGCCCGGCCGGGAGUCAAAUCUUUCAAAGCUCUUAAGACACCUACAGAUGUUGAUAGAAAGCUAUAUAUAUUUCUUCUCUCCCUCCAAAGGCUUUGGUACCAAUGUACUAUUAAAUUUGGUUAGGGGUAUGUCAGAAGCACAGAUAAGAGUCCGGGGAAUGGAGCCAUCCGUGUAACACACGGUUGAGAAGAUAUCCAGGUAUGCCUUUCAGAAUGGUCCUUGACUGAAACAAAAUUGAUGAAAGUACAAUUUGGCAUGACCAAGCUGACCUUGGAUUCCAUGAGGCAGUUUCGUAGUGUGCGUACCCUCCUAUCUGUUGUUUUUGUCAUUCAGAAUUUUUGUUUAGAUUUUGAGAAUUAGUAGAUUGCUUGCUCUCGUUUCAUUUUCAGGAAUGGAAUUGGUUUUAUUGUUUUCUCAACUAAAAUUGACUUAGCAACUUCAAAUGAGUUUAUUAAAAUGAGAAUAAAGAAUUCUUUAGUAUUUGUCAACUCUGGGUAUCACGGAAAUAUAACCUAACAAAGAAACCUUUUAAAAUGCUUCUGACUGAAAUACCUCAAAGCUGUCUUCCUAAAACCAAUCUUUACAACUCUCCUUCCAGAGUUACUCAUUAAGCAGUUUCCUAGUUGAGAAGGUGUAAAAACUAAAAAUGAUUAAAUUUCCAAAGCAGAUAAUAUGAAAGGAUGAAAUUCUGUAAACAUUUCAUAAUUUUGCUAUUGUAAACAGUUCUAUGAGCAAUGGGCUAGUGAAUGUUGGCUUCCUAAGAACAUGUCUGCAGAUUUAGCUUCUGUGUAGAUUAUCUGAUGUCUAAAAAGGGCCACACUGCGGCCUUUUCUUCUAAUAGGGUUUUUCUAAUAGGAUUUCUAUCUAUCUAGCUGCCCAUUUGCAUGAAUUUUCUGGAAACAUCUUGCAUGCGCGAGGACAGCCUGCUUGUAUGUCUUUGGUCCAGCUCCUUAUCAGCCUCAUAUCUAAUUGGAUUGCAGAUACCUAGUUUCCUUAGGGACACAAAUUAAAAUGGUGCUGAUUGAUACAAGGAAAAAAAAUAUUUCAUUGUGAGGACAGUCCAUCAGUGGAACAGGUUUCACAGAGCGUCUGUGAAAUUCCUCUGUGGAGGUUUUCAAGACCUGAAUGGACAAGACGCUGAGUACUAUGGUUGCGAUUUGUUGUUGUGCCUGCUUUGUGUAGCAGGCCGGGCUGGGUCACCUCCUGGGUGAAUGAGAAUUGUUCUAAAAAAUACGUCUAAAAGGAAGGCAAGCAGGAACUUUCAUGUUGUGACUUCUCACUUUCAAGAGGUGAAAUGUUAAUAUUUUUACUUUUUUUUUUUUAAUGCAGAGAAGUUAUACUCAAACAGAGUUACUUGGUGAACAAGUAGUAUUUACCUUUGGCUAGGAUGACACUGUCCUGUAUGUUACCUUGUUGUUUUGUGUUGAAAUACUUGUUAUUACUGAAAGGGGUAGAGCUGCAGUAGUGGUCUUUGUUGAAAAGCUGAAUGUGAUUGUACAUUGUAGCAUGUGAUCACAGAAUCACCUAGGUUGGAAGAGACCUCCAAGAUCACCUAGGCCAACCUCUGACCUAACACUAACAAGUCCUCCACUAAACCAUAUCACUAAGCUCUACAUCUAGAUGUCUUUUAAAGACCUCCAGGGAUGGUGACUCAACCUCUUCCCUGGGCAGCCCAUUCCAAUGCCUAACAACCCUUUCAGUAAAGAAGUUUUUCCUAAUAUCCAACCUAAACCUCCCCUGGCACAACUUUAGCCCAUUCCCCCUUGUCCUGUCACCAGGCACGUGGGAGAAUAGACCAACCCCCACCUCUCUACAGCCUCCUUUAAGGUACCUAUAGAGAGCGAUAAGGUUGCCCCUGAGCCUCCUCUUCUCCAGGCUGAACAACCCCAGCUCCCUCAGCCCCUCCUCAUAAGACUUGUUCUCCAGACCCCUCACCAGCUUUGUUGCCCUUCUCUGGACUUGCUUGAGCACUUCCAUGUCCUUCUUGUAGUGAGGGGCCCAAAAUGUUGUAGAUGUUGUAGAAAGGGAAGGGAACCUUCAGUGUUAUGUAAAACUUCCAGUGAAGUGUAUCGUUACAGUUGUAUUAUCUACUUGAACACUAGAUGCAGGAAUAGAUCAAUAGAUAAAAUGCCCAGGAAAUGGUUGAAUGACCUGUUCAGAACUGUUGACGUUAACUGAGUUUGGUUUGGGACAUAAGCUGCUGUAAUGAUUAUUUUAUCAUGCCCUUAUCUUGUUUCCUUUAUAAAAUGUGCUGUCUCUGAAAACUUAGUGGACUAGUAGUUUUUCGUAACAAUGGUUGGGUACAAUUUAAAAUAAAUUUACCUUCAACAACAGAGGAAACGGAUCAAGACUCCUUCGCUAGAGUAGCUCAGGUUUAAUUUUACUGUAGUGCUUUUAUGUUCAAUUUGCUGGUUAAGAAUGGGAUGCAUACUGACAAAAGGUUGACGACGUUACAGAUGGAAACAGUGUAGAAGCUAAGGCUUGAAGAAUGUCCAAAAUAAGAGAAAUAAAUCCACAGAAAAUGAGUAUGGGUAAUAAACUGUAUAGUAAUCCAGGUAUUAACUGAGAGCUUGAAGGGAUAACUUAAAGUUGAAAUUUCAUGACCUUUAUGGUAGGACAUCACUGUAUCUAAUGGAUACGAGUACACUAGGUGAAUAACUUAAAAUCUUACUCACAAGCAGCUUGUUUAAAGACCAACUGAAUAACCUUGUACAUGGUACAGAAACACAUCUGUUUGGAUUGAAGACCAACUACUUGAAAACUGGAAAAUAAUUCACCUGUAUUCAAGAUUCUCUUUUGCUAUUGUUUUUACUUGUCUUUCUCCUGGAUUAAUGGCUGGAAGUCACUUUUCAGAAAGUUUGCUGGUUAAGAAAAUUAAGAUGUGUGGAUGUGAUGUACUAUAUAACCUUUAUAUACUAAUAUUUCUGUUUUGUGAUAUAGACUUGGCUCAAGAGAUGUCUACUUCUUCAGUAGUGUCGGUGUAUAAAAUAAAGGACUGAGAUGAAGGAACUGUUUCCAGUGGAAUCUAAUGUAUUGAACCCCAUCUCCCUCUUGCUGAUCUGAGCAUGGUGCUCAGAUCAUCUGAGCAUCCUGUCAGCUGUCAUUAUCUGCAGUGGACCAUGGGGUUUGUGCACAUACUCUGCUAUCAUAGAGUGACUGAUAAUAAAGCUUUAACCAGAGAAUACAAGUACCCAGUUGACUUUAGUUUAAAAAGAGGAUUUCAAAUCUUUAUUUUACUGCUUGGAUUUUGAUAGUAGAAUGUCAGACUAGUCACUGUGAUUUAUUCCAUUCUGUAUAGGUUCACCCCCACCCAUGGUGGUAUCAAAAUGUCUUCCAGACUUCUUGCCAAUGAAGAUUAGAAAACAAGACUAGCAUCUGUCAAAUGGGGCUCCCUCUCCAUUUCUCUCUACAUACCUUUCCUUUGGGGGGAGAAGAAGAGGAGAAUAGCAUGAAAAGUGCAAAAUGUUUCAAAUUCCUGUUCAAAAUCUUGAUAAUAUCAGGAAGGCUCGAAAAAAGGUGAAGGGCAUUCUUGUGGAUCUUGGGCUUGACAGCUGCAGGGAGUUGUUGAAGAAUCUUAAAAGUUUUGACCCAGGUGAAAAGUACUUUUGCAACACUUCAUGGAGUGAUGUCUCUCCUUGGGAGUCUGUGGGCAAAAGGAAGAGAUACAGAACAAAGCCGUACUGCUGUAGUUUAUGCAAGUUCUCGUCAAAAUUGCUUACUUCAUUCAAGAAUCACUUGCACCGUUGCCAUGAGGAUGAAAUGGACCAAGAGCUUGUGGUUCCUUGCCCAAAAUGUGCAUUUGCUUCUGAGCCAAAAAUAGUGGGAAAACAUAUCCGGAUGUUUCAUUCAUCUAAUAAGAGAAUACAGAACUAUACAGUCAGCAUUUUGGAUGGCAUGAAACAAUUCAGGAGUGAUAUCAUAAACUUCACGUGUCUAAAAUGUAAUUUUACAGACACAUUGUAUUAUAAUAUGAAGAAACAUGUUCUGAUGAACCACUUUCAAAACUUAAUAAGUAUAUAUUUUGGCCAGAGAUCUGAUGAAAGUGAAGAGAAUUUGGUUGAGCACUACUGUAAAAAAUGUAAUGCUUCUGCAAACAGCCAAGAUUCUUUAAUGUAUCAUGUCUUGACAGCUGAAACACACAGGGACCUGGAGAACAAACUUCGGUCUGUGAUUUCAGAACAUAUUAAGAAACCUGGACUUGUGAAACAAAUGCAUAUUGCUCCAAAGCCUCCCCAAAGUGUGGCUGCGCCUGCUCCAUCUUCAGGGCCUCCUGCAGCCCCAGCAGGUUCCAUUACAGCUCCAGCUUGCAUCCAACUUGCAUUUCCACAGAAUAAUCAAAACCAGACUGUGGUGCAGUCAAAACCAAUUCAGAACACAGUCAGAUCUCUGACUGUUCCAAGUGCCUCUGGUAGUAUUCCACAUACAACUUCUGCUCCGAUUGUUACCCCAUCACAUGUUACUCUUGUAUCCAGUCAUCUUCCUGUAGGUCAGAAUAGUGUUAAUAUUCAGCCAUCACCUUCUCAGCCUAUAAUUGUUUCUCAUAGGCUUCCUCUUAAUCAGCCUGUCAGGACUGCGGCUGUUCCUCUUCAUCAUUCUGUUGGGACCCUAAGCAGAACCGUGGCCCCUGCAGUUCUUCCUCUUAAUCAACCUGUCGGGCCUGGACUCUUUCCUAUUAGUCAGUCUCUUGGUACUAUAAAUAGUCCAGUUGCAGCUGCGACAUUACCUGUUACUCAGCCUGUCAGCCCUGUGAAUCAUCUGGUUGCGCCGGGAGUGCUCCCUGUGAAUCAGCCAGUUGCACCAGGAGUUCUCUCUGUCAACCAUGCGGUUGGGAAUGUGAAUAGACCCACUGGUCCUGGAGUCCUUCCUAUGGCUCAGACGGUUGCAUCAGGGGUUCUCCAGCUUAAUCAGCCUGUCGCACCUGGAGUUGUUCCUGUCAGACAGCCUGUUGGACCUGGGUUUCUUCAGCUUAAUCAACCUGUUGCCCCAGCAGUUAUCCCUGUAAAUCAGCCAGUUAGACCCGCAGUUUCCCAAAAUGCAGCUUUUUUGACUGCAGGUUCUAUACUUCGGCAGUUGAUUCCAACUGGGAAGCAGGUUAAUGGGAUACCUACAUACACGCUUGCCCCAGUUUCAGUGACUUUGCCUGUACCUCCUGGUGGUGGAGUAGCAACAGUUACUCCACCACAAAUGCCUAUCCAACUAAUGCAGUCUGGAGCAGUAACUCAAUUGUCUCAGUCACCAGCUAGUGCACCCUCUCCACCUGUGCUUUUAACAUCUCAGAAUAUAUCAUUACAAGCUCCCCCACCUGGUCCUGAAACAAGUCAGGCUGUCAGACAGGCUAAGCAAUGGAAGACUUGCCCUGUUUGCAAUGAGCUCUUCCCAUCAAAUGUGUAUGAGGUACACAUGGAAGUGGCCCACAAACAUGGUGAAGUAAAAAUGGAGGAUAUGCAGCAACCUGACAAACUUGCAGCUUGUGCACCCUUUUUAAGGUGGAUGACGGAGAAGACUGUUCGGUGUUUUUCUUGUAAGUGUUUUCUCUGUGAGGAAGAGCUCAUGAAACAUCUCUUGAUGCAUGGCUUAGCUUGCUUGUUUUGCACAGUUACUUUCCAUGACUUAAAAAGCCUUGUGGAGCACAAUAAAACUACUCAUAACGGGAAAAAGCAGUUACAUGCAGAUUAUAGCAACAGAGGAUUUCAGUUAGGUAAUGAGGCUCAGGGUGACCUUGUAUUUCCUCACUUUGAUUUCAGUACAGUGUUACCAAAAGAAGACAUCGGUGAAAGAGAAGUACAUUUGGCAGUGCUUGCUGGAGUAAAUUCGAGGACGCUAGUCCCCGUUUACAUCAAAGUGAAACCUCAGGCAGCAGAAGUGAACAACAGGUGCAGCAAAAAAGUGUUAACCUGUCCCUUUUGUUUUGGAACAUUUGUUAGUCAAAGAACCUAUGAAAUGCAUUUGAAAGAAAGGCAUCAUAUUAUGCCAACUGUGCAUACAAUUUUAAAGUCUCCUGCUUUCAAGUGCAUCCACUGUUGUGGCGUGUACACUGGAAAUAUGACUCUAACAGCUAUUGCUGUGCAUUUGCUCCGUUGUAGAAGUGCUCCCAAAGACAGCAACUCAAGCGUGAAAAUGCAGCUUGAACGUACUGAGAAGAAAGAGUUACUGUUUGUGAAUGGUGAAAAGCAUGAUUCCGUGAUACUUAAAAGAAAGCUAUCUGAUUCCUGUUUCAUUGCAGAAGACCAAAGGAAUAAGGAACAGCAGCCUCUAAGCUUGUGUACUGGCAUAGCUCUAUCUCCUGAAGAAGAACUGUAUUCAGGGCUAGUGCCUUUCAAACGACAGAAGAUUAAUAGGACUGAGAUAAAGAAAAUUCCUUCCAGUGAGGAUCUGCAUAUUCUAGCAGUAGAUCCUAAACAAUAUGAUCACAAUUCAUAUGAUGCUCAGAAACAGUUUUUGACAGACUACUUUCAUGAGAGGCCCUAUCCUUCAAAAAAAGAGUUGGAAUUGCUAUCCUCGCUGCUGUAUGCUUGGAAAAUUGAUGUUGCGUCAUUUUUUGGGAAAAGGAGGAAUACGUGCUUAAAGGCAAUAAAUAAUCACAAACCAUCUGUGCUGCUGGGUUUCAGUAUGUCUGAACUAAAAAACAUUAAGCACCGUUUGAAUAUAAAAGAUGAAGCGUUAGAUAUGUAAACAAGCUUUUUAUAACAACUAAAAGCAAUCCAUAAUUGCGUACUUAACAAUUUUGCAAUUUAUUAUAAUGAAAUAUUUGUUUUAACUUGCAGACUGGCCUGUUGAAGGGUUGCAGUAGUACAGAAAGUCUCAUUCAGUUGUGACUGUUAUUGUGAAAGGCACACAUAGUUGUGUAUUUGAAACAGCUAAAACCUUCAGAUUUACACUUCUGGAAUUUGUUUUAGCUUUUUACUUUUUUUUGGAGUGUUUUUUUUUGUUUCCCUUUUUCCUCCUCCAGGCUCCCAUUAGACUUUUUAUACCACCAUGUAAAACUUUUUGUGCUGUUAAAUACAAAUUUUAUUUUAUUUUUCUGCAAUGUCAUCAUCUUUUCUAAACAAUAAAAUGUAUAAUGUUUAAAAUACUGAGGUAAACUAGAUGAAAUACAUCUAUUUGAUUAUUUGUAUUUUUUAGUCCUUGUAAUUUUUAAACUUUUUUUUUUAAUCUGCUGAAGAACUGCUUAUAGCCUUUACAUCCAUUGGUCCCUUCAAAUUCUGAAUGUGCUGGUAGCAAUAAAGUCCCUGGCAUUCUCUUUUCUCAAUCGUAAUAACACCUGUGCCAGUGAAGUCUAGUGACUCAUAAUACCUAACUAGUAUUAAUGUGGUGGGGAUUUGAGGGGCUGGAGGUGCUUACUGAAGUGUUACAGUUAACUGACUUGAAAUGGUUGUGUUUAUUAUCUGUUAAAUAGAUCUUGCUAACCAGAACUGUUUACUCUUUUUUUGUUGGUGUUGAAACCUGGUUGUUUAAAUGCUGUUCAAAGCUUGGUACCAGCAUUUAGUUUUUCCUUUUUCAAAAAGCAAAACUGCUUUGGAUUGUGUCACGUUGCUCUGAUAGUGUGGAAUAUGACUUCCAUGCACAUAACUGAUCUCUAGAAGCCCUAUCCAAGUAUCACUGAAGUUUGGUGAAAAAUCUGAUUUUUACUUCCAUUUUAAAUGGGUGUUGCAUGAGGUAGUAACUGAGCAGUGCUUCUUCCCCAGCAAAUUAAGUAUAUCUUUAAGUGCUUGAGGUGAGGAAUAAUACAAUCACAAACUGGUUGAAUAGGCGGCAUUAAGACUCUGAAUUGCCUGUUUUCUGAAACAGAGCUAUAUAUAUAUAGUGAUUAUUUUUAUUACAGAGAGCAUAAGAAUGGUAUAAAACGCCAAUAGAUUAUCUUGUUCAGUAUGAUUUAAUAUCCCUACUACAGGAAAGUUGGUUAUAACAAAUUGUAUGUUGAAUUAUUGGUGGUUACAUUGAGGUCUUUAGUUUUGUUCCUUUUAUCUGGAUAUGCUUGGUUUCAGCUGGCUUGUAAGACAGUGCUUCCAAAAUUCAUUAAUAGCCAGUCAUGUAAUAACCUAUAAUUUUUAUUAUUUUCCUUCCUCCCCCUCGUCUUUCCUAGAAGACAAAAAAAAAAAAAAAAAGGAAACUGUUCUACCGGUUAAUUUGUGCCAGUGUUAUAAGGAAAAGGUAAUGUCCCCAAGCUAUUUUCUAUUUUUUUUAAAUUAAUAAGCAUAUGUUUAUCGUAUGCAAUAUUUUUUAAAGCAGAUGCAGGAUUGUUUUUGUGCUGUUUCUAAAAGGAUGUGACAUUUUAACAUAAUUUUGUAGCAGCCUACCUGAGGUUCUAUAAGCAAUUAAAAAUUCUAUUUUUGAUACAAUCUUGAUAUUUUCAUAUUGACCCCUUCCAAGAAUUUUAAUGUAUAUGUAACAUGCAGUUACCUAAACAGUCUAUUUACAAAAAUCUAUUCGUUUAAUACCAAAAAAACUUAGUUGAACAAAUUUAAUCACCUUCGACGGGUUUCCCCACACCUGCCACCCUGCUACAACAAGUAGUAGUGCAUUCUUAGAGUUUAAUAUUAGCUCGUUAAAAAGUCAGUGAAUAAACGGUCAAAACUGAGAUUUAGGCAUAGCGCAGUUUAUAAAGCAGUUUGAAAGACUCUUAAGUGAGAAAGAGGGAUGCUGUAAAAGUCCUGAAAUCUUAAGCACUCAUUUUCAGUCUCAAAUGUUGAUACUUUGUGCUGUGUCAUCUUUGGGGUAGUUCUGCUGAUAUCGGCGAGACUCCGGCAGGAAGGAAUUUGCCAGUGUGCAUCUGGGGAAGGCAUAUGAUAAAUGGUCGAGGGUUCACCUUUGAGAUGAGAGUGCUGCUUGGAGUGGGUAGCUGGGAAGUCAUAUCAGAGUUCAUCUAUGCUUGGGGCAUCAAGGAAACAGUCCAGUCUUACCAGUUUUCCUACAUAGCAUCUAGUGGUGAUGUUAAGCAUUUUAUAUAUUGGAUUUCAGAGUUUUAAAUAAACCAGCUUUCUAACCUUCUCUUAGGUGUGUGCGCAAAUAAUUGUGUGGCGCCCCCCUCUGCCCCCCCCAUUUAUUUAUUUAUGAAAUAAAAUAUUCAGGGAACUUGGUGUUGAAAGAGACACAAAAGUAAAGUAGGACCUAGAUCCAGAUGCUUUAGGUAGAUAUUAAAAUGAAAUAGUGCCUUGUAGUAAUACUGUGCAUUAAAUACUGACUGUUUUCCAGGAAACUGAAGUCUUGGUACUAAUUUGCUAUUGCUAAAUACUCCUUUCUUCAUUAAAUUAGGACUCCAAAAAUGAGCAACAAACAUACAUUUUGAAAUGUGAAACAAGUAACUGAAAUAUCAAAGUGCAGGUUACAGUAUGGUUGUGGUGAUCAGAAAAGCUGAAGACCCUGUUUUUUUAAAAAAAAAAAAAAAAAAAAAAAAGGAGAGACAUUAAACUUGUCUUUUUACCUAAAUUAAGCUUAAGCUUUGUUAUAGGCUUCUCAAGUGUGAAGUCACUUGGUGAGAAAUUGUUAUUCUGGGAAGAUGCUGCACCUGUCUAGGAGUACAUGGUGUGGGUAGUCUGGUAAGUGCGCGUCUCUCUCUCUUCGUAAGGAAAGAGCUUAACGCUCCUGGUAUCUGCUGUUGGGCAAGAUGGAUCUAACCAAAUGCUCUGUCUGCAUAGGCUUUCCAAAUUCCUUAAAGCAUGCAGGUAAAUCUCUGAUCCACUGUAAAAGAAAUACAUUUGAAAGGAACGCCUGGUUCGUUCACAGGAAGAUUGUGGCAAGUAUUUGUUCUUCAUGGAAAUAAAGCAAACAAAACU